UAUUUAACUGUGUACACAGAGUUAACAAUUAAAUUGACUUCAACAUCAAAAAAAGAAUAAAAGAUUCAUACUUAAUUAGCGCUGCCUAUCACGCCUCAAUUGGCUGUUACACAAAAUGACAUCGUCAUGUGAAUCCAACGUUAUCGUUAACUUUGUUCCCCAUACAGUGUUGACAGUGUAAUGUCCAGAAAAAACAUUCCGAUGUUGUAGAAACAUUUCUAGGAUACUUGGUGAGAUCUCUCAGAGCACACCACAAGGUAAUCCUUGCGGGCACCAGUUUAUUUUCAAUUGAAGAGGAGAUUGAGAAUGGACUCCUUUUACCUCCUCCUCCUUCUGCUCUUCCUAGAAGUCUCAGGGAACAUGCAGCCAAAGAUCCUCACUCCACGAAAUGGUGAAGUCAUAGAAGUGACCCUUGGCUCCCAUACAGAGAUUGUCUGUAAUAGUAGCAUAUACAAGGACUUGGAUAGUGAGGUGUAUUGGAUGAAGACAAUGAACACGACAAUGACCUUUCUGGACGAGAAUGAGAUGCUCCCUGUCUUCUACAAGGAGCAGAAUGGUUCGGCAACCUUGACCAUCAGGGAGGUGUCUGAGGAGGCCCUGGUCUUCAACUACACCUGUAUUCUCACCUCCACCAGCGGCAUGGACCUAGCAUCGAUCAGCCUGAUACUCAAGGCCCCCCCACCCUCGUAUAUCCUGGUCGUUGGUCUCCCAGUGCUCUUGGUGGUUGUGGUCGUCAUGUCGAUAGUCAUAUACGUGACCCUGAGGGUGGACAUUGUUCUGUUUGUACGGGACAGGCUGGGUUUCCAUGGAAGGACCUCAGAUGGAAAGAGCUACGAUGCCUACAUAAUGCCUUUUGAGGGCCCCGGAGGGGUGGGGCUUACUGCACAAGACCGGAGGAUGCUGGAGGCGGUGCUAGAGGAGCAGCUGCCUCUGAUACAGCCUCUGUCUUUACCACCGAGAUGUCCUGCCUGGACAAGCUGUAGCCAAGGCAGUUCUGGACUGCAUAAAACAAAGUCGCAGGCUGGUUCUGGUCCCCUGCUCUCUGGUCCAAGGACAGAACCAGGACCAGGACCAGGGCCACAACCAGGACAACAGCAGUGAGGUUCAUCACAGGCUC